AUGGCCAUAAAAAUAUUGAUAAUUCUACCGAUAAUUCUACUGCAAGAAAAUUCUAUUAUUUUUGGAUCAGAAAUUCCAAUUACAACAAAUGUCGAUUCUACUGCCACUACUACUACUACUGCCGUUGUUGAUCUCCAUGAAAAUAUCUUCUCCUAUUCACCAUCAUCAUCAACAUCAUCGGCACCAUCAUCUAUAUCACCAGUUAAUCAUUGUCAUCGUUGUAUAAAUGGUGGCCAUUUAUUAUCAUCAUUGAUCAUACAGGAACAAAAAUCCGAUUGUAUCAGUGGUCAUUAUUUUACAUCUUUAAAAAAUAAUAAUGAUCGAUGUGAAUGUGAUUUUAUUUGUGCAAAAAAAUCUGGACAAACUUGCUAUAAUCCAUCAUCAUUGAAUCGGAAUAUGAAUAAUAAUUAUAAUGGUGGUGCUGGUUCUUCUAGUUUUAGUCAUUGUGAUCCUUAUUUAAAAUUAUUUUGCAAUCAAACAUCCAAAUUAUGUGAAGGGAAAUCAUCAUCGUCAUCAUCAUCAUUUUCGAAUCAAUUGAAAUUGAAUCGUAAUCCAAUAAUAAAUGAAAUUCACAUUACAAGAUAUGUGCCACAGCCAUUAAAAUUUCAAUUUGAAAAAAUUGAUUCAAAGGUGACCGAAAUUUCUGAUGGACAUUUUCGUACAAAAAUUUUCGGACUAAAACCAAACACUAUUUAUUUGGUGAAAGUAAUCAGUAAUCAUCGUGAAGAACUUUCAAUCAUCACCACAAGAGCCAAUAUUGUACCUGAAACAUUACCAAAAGUAUUAGUCACUUAUCGUAAUGCAUCAUCGAUUACCAUUGUUUUUGAUGAUUUUAAACCCGACACUGAUUCAGGUUAUGCUAUACAUUAUCGACCAAACAGUGGUUUCAUGCAACAACAUAAUCAAUGGUUAAUAAUUAAAUCAAAUGGAACACCAUUUUUCACGUUAACCGGCUUGAAACCACAAUCACAUUAUAUGAUACAAGUGUUUACAUGGAGUGAAUUGGAUCAUAAACAAACACUUAGUUCAGAAAUAAUUGAAACCAGUACCACGAAGGGUUGUCUAUUUCGUAAUCGUUCAUUUGAAUUGAAUGAAACAAUAUUGAAUGAUUGCGAACAAACCUGUGAAUGUGUUGAUGGUAGUGUCAAUUGCCGUAAACGCUGUGUAGCACCAUAUUUAUCUGUGAAUGAAGCAAAGAAAAUCAAUCUCAAAUGUACAUUCGUUGAUGAUGAUGAUAAUGAUAAAUGCUGUUUACAAUGUAUUAAUUCGAAUGGUGAUCAUCAUCAAAUAUCAUCAUCACCAUCAUCAUUUUUAUUGGAACGUGAAACACAAUCUACACAAUUCAUUGGUAAACCUGGAAUCUGUCCAACAAAUCCAUCGAUUAUUCAUGGUGCUGAUAAUCAUACAACUUGUAUGAAUGAAUGUACACAUGAUUAUCAUUGUACUGGUGUGAAUAAAUGUUGUAAAAAUUAUUGUGGUCUGUUAUCAUGUCAAAUACCGGUCAAACUUUAUAAUCAUAAUCAACAACAUCAACAUUCGGCCACCAUCAGUGCUAAAGUGAUGAAGAAUGAUGGUGAUGAUGAUGAUGAUGAUGAUUGUCCACUAAAAUGUGACCCAAAUUCUAUAUGUCGAUAUAUUGAAAAAGAGUCUACUUAUCGAUGUAUAUGCCGUGACGAUUACAUUAACAUGAAAGUUGAUAAAAUGAAUGGCUGCCAUCGUUAUGAUGAUUAUGUUAGUAAUGGCAAUGAUGGUGAUAGAAAACAUUUAUGCCAUUUUCAUAAUAAUAAUAAAACCUAUCAAAUUGGACAAACAUUCGAAUAUGAUUGUCACAUUUGUCAAUGUUCAGAGGCAUUAGAAAUUGAAUGUAAACGUAAAUGUUUUGAUUAUCAAUCAAUCAAUGACGAUCAAAUUGGUGCUAAUUGCCAUCUGGUGGAAGAUUUAUAUGAUCCAAUUUGUUGUAAGAAAAAAAUUUGUCAUAAUCAACAAAAUCAUCAAAAUGAAACAACGAAUAUUCCAUGUCAUCAUUCAAAUCAAACAUACAAAGUGAAUGAAACAUUCAAUAUUGGCUGUGAACUUAAAUGUUUAUGUCAAAUGAAUGGUCAAAUUGAAUGUCAACCACGUUGUUUUGAUGAUGAUGAUCAUCAUGGACAUUAUCAUGAAAUGUAUUGUCAUCUGCGUCCAGAUCCAGAUGAUCCUGAAUGUUGUAAAAUAUCAAUUUGUGAUUAUAAUAAUUCCACUAUUGAUCAACAUAAAUUUUUGGUCGAAAUGGCUGAAUCAAUAAAUUCAACGUCGAUUAAAUUUCGUUUAGUAUUUUUCAAAAAUUUAAAUCCAAAUGAAAACAUUACCAUUUAUUAUGCCGAAUUUAUAAAUCAUCAAAAUAUAAAUACAACAGCAACAACAACAACCGAUGAAUUGAAAUAUCAAAAUGAAAUUAUCACCGAUAAAAUGAUGACAAUCGUGACGAAUGAUUCAAAAGAAAUUGUAUUGACACAUUUGAAGCCUGAAACAGAUUAUUCAAUUUAUUUCCAUUUUGGUAAUGAUACAAGUAAUACGGUUAUUGUUCGUACAUUUCCUCCUGGUAUUGAUCAUACAUUUAAAGGUUGUUUUCAUGGCAGUGAUAUCAUUCAAGUUGGUGAAAUAUUCUAUGAUGGUGAUUGUGAAUUUAAAUGUAUCUGUAAAGAAGGUGGUAUUCGUGAUUGUAUUGAACGUUGUCCAUUGUUUGUUGAUAUGAUUGGUGCAGAAAAUUGCCAGAUGAUACAAUCACCAGAUGAUUCUUGUUGUAUGAUACCGAUUUGUGAUGUACAUCAAUUAAUUGGUCAAUCAAAUGAUUCUAAUGGUGGUUGUUUAUUUGAAGAUGGAAAAUAUUAUCGUAUUGGUGAUCAAUGGAAUUAUGGCCAUGGAUGUAUGGAGAAAACUUGCAGUUGUAUAAUGAAUAAAAAUAAUUUUACUGAAAUUAAAUGUAAAAAUCAUUGUCCAGAAAUAUUACCAUCGGUAUUGAAACCAAAUGAUGAUUGUCCAAGUCCAAAACUUAUCCAGACAAAUGAUCCAUGUGCUUGUCCAUAUGUUGUUUGUGCAAAUAAUAUAAAUCCAUUAGAUAUGCCUGAUUUGAAAACAUUAUCGCUGACGAAAAACAUGGCAGUGGCAAAUAAAAAUUAUUGUGAAUUCAAAGGAAAUAAAAUUGGAAUCGGUGAAGAAUUCUAUGAUAGUUGUCGAGCGGUUUGUGUUUGUAGCAUGAAUGCUACGUUUGAUUGUCAUCCGAUUCAAUGUAAUCAUAAUAAUUUUGGUCCACAUACAACGAAAUGUUUGGAAUGGGAAAUUGAUCCAUUGUUUGUGCCAAGGCCGCCGAAUUGUUGUCCCGAACCGAAAUGCAAAAAUGAUGGUUCAUGUUCCUAUGCUGGAAUAAGAUUUCCAAAUUAUCAAAUUAUACCACAGGAAUUAUUACCAUGUCAUAAACGUUGUAUGUGCGAUAAUGGUAAUGUUCGUUGUAAAGAUAUUUGUCCAGAUAUCGCGGAUGAACCACCAUUAGGUUUACCUUGCCCAUCAUCAUUAGCAUUUCGUGGCCAUUUACCCGGUGAUGAUUGUUGUAUUCAUUGGCAAUGUCGUGAACAAUAUAAUCGUGAUAAAAUUUAUGGAAAAUGUUCCUAUAAUGAUAAAAUUUAUAAAUUGGGUGAAUACUGGAAUGAUGAUGAAACUGAAAUACAUCGACGUUGUCAAUGUAAAAUUACCAAUGGCAUAUUGCAUGUUGUUUGUGAUCCAGGCCUAUGUCAACCGAUUACAGAAAGAUUUCUGGAACCAACAGCUGAAUGUAAAACACCAACAGUAGUUACACCAAAAGAUGCUAUAAUUUGUCCAUAUGUCAUUUGUAAUAAUACUGGUACAUAUGGUGAUGAUUUGGAUCAAAUGGAUAUUGUUGCCAUCAAUGCUACAUCUGCUCGAAUACGUUUCACGAUACCAUCGAUUUAUGUUGGUCUUUUGGGACAUGCUGAAGUUCAUUAUACUACCGAUAUAAAUAUACCGAGAAAUAAAUGGAAUAUACAGAAAUUUGCUCGGCCCAAACGUCUAUUUGAUAUACCAAAUAUUGAAUAUCAUUUGGGUAAUUUGCAACCAAAUACCAAUUAUUUUCUACAGAUUGAAAUUAUUAUUGAAUCACUUAAAACUGGUCCGAUAAGUGAAAUAUAUAAAAUUUAUCUACCACCAUUACCAGUGAAAACAACGACGACAACAACAACGACAACCAGUACAUUACCGCCUGUCAUUAUGUUAGAUAUGAAUAUAACGGCUGCAAUUAUCGAUCAUAAUGCUAUACGUAUUUCAUGGCGUCCAUUCACGAUACAAGAGAAAAAAUUUAUUGAUGGUUUACAAGUUCGUUAUAGAAAAUCUGACAACAGAAACAACAACAACAACAACAAUGAUGAUGAUGAUGAUAAUGUUUGGUUUAGUAGUCAAACAUUACAUCGUGAUACUACAUUCUAUAUUCUCAAUAAAUUAGAAUCCUCAACUGCUUAUCUAAUUGAUUUACAUUUCAAAUCGAUCGAUCAAAUUAGUGCCAAUAUAAUAUCAUCGAAACCAUUGUUGAUUGAAACACCGCCAACGGCAUUGGAUGAUUAUCAUUUUGAUUUUCAUAUAUUUCCUGAUGAUGUCACAAUCGGUAGCGAUGGUAAUGGUGAUAAUGCUGGUGGCCGUAUCAAUAUUGGACUUAGAAAUCUACCAAAACCAAUCAAUAAAUUUGUCAAUGUUGCAAGAAUUCAUUAUCAAAAUGUUAAAACUAUGGAAUCAUAUUAUAAUUAUGUUAAUGUUGAUGAUGAUGAAAUUGGAAAAAUAUCAUUUUCAAGUCUUUUACCCAAUACAAGAUAUAAACUAUGGAUCGAUUUAUAUUUAACAAAUGGACAAGUGGUCACAUCAAAUACCAUUGACCUUAUUACAAAUUUCGAUGCAAAUCCUUUUAAAGAUAAAAAUAGCGCCUUAUCAUUGGUGAAUAAUACAACAUCCAGAUAUAUGUUUGGUUUGACUAUACUUUCGAUAUUUAUGUUCACGGCCGGUACAAUUUUCUUUGUUAUCACUUGUAUCUGUUUAAGGCGUCAUUCAACUGCUGCUAUUACUCGUGGUGGCGGUGAUGGUAAUGUUUGUAUAACGGAAGCAGCAUAUGAUAAUCCUACAUAUAAGACAUUUGAAAUGAAACCAGAUACGAAAAGUAUUAUUAACCAUGAAGAUCAUCAUUCAUUAUCAGCAGCAGUAGCAGCGGCAGCAGCAGCAGCAACAACAACAAUGACAACAAUAAAUACGGCAAAAACUACAAAUGGUUGUAGUGUAGUUGUAUGUCCCUAAAAAAAAUGAUAAUUAUCAUUAUCAUCAUGACCUCAUUAUCAUCAUCAUUAUCAUAACGAAAUUCUCACCUAGUUUUUUUUCCUAUUUUAUUAUUUGUCACAAAUUUUGUAUAUUAUUUCAUCACAACAUAAUGAUAAUUGAUUGAUUGUAAAUUUUGUUUUUUUUCCGGUGUGGAUGAUUUGAUAUGAAUUAAAAUGAAAUAAAAUUGAAUUGAAUUUUGAAAAAAAAAUAUUUUGAAACAAUUUGAAAUCAAUGUCAGAUAUUCAGAAUUUGUGGUUAGAAUUUUAAUUAAUUUCAAAAAAGAAUUGGCAAACAAUUUCGGAAUAAGAAUUGUUAACGUUAUCUAUGAACACACAUGCACUCAAACAAGAUUGGCUGCUUAAAUAUUACGAUAAUCGACACUGUAAAAAAAAAAUUCGAAUAAAAAUCGAAUCAUUAUUUUUGUUUCAUUCUUUGAUAACUUUUGUGUGUUUGUGUGUUUUAACAUGAUUCGAUCACAGCAAUAGAUUUAUUUUUAUUUGUUUUUGUUUUUGUGACAUUUUAUAAAAUUGUCAUUGUAU